AUGCGGUUCUUCAUCCGUGCUGUUUCUCUUGCCGUAGCUGCGACAUCGUUUCUUGCUCAUGCGGCACCUCUUCAAACUCGCUCAACCGAGGAUUCGAUCGCGGGCCGAUACAUCGUACAGCUGAAGCCGGACGUGGACGUCGCAACAUUUACCGCUCACCGCGAGAAGGUCCGCAGUAUAGUAGCUCGCCAUCUCGGACGACGAGACGACGUCGACCUGAAUGCAGGGAUCGAUAAGGAGUACAACUUCGGAGACUUCAAGGGCUAUGCCGGGGCAUUUGAUCCAGCGGUUGUUGCCGAAUUGGAGACAUUGGAUGAUGUGUUCCUCGUCGAAAAGGACUUCCUAAUGUAUCCUACGGCUCUCGUAACGCAAACCAAUGCACCGUGGGGUCUUGCAAGCGUAUCCUCCAGGACCAGAGGAGCCACCAGUUAUAUAUACGAUUCGACAGCUGGCAGCGGCACCUACUCGUAUGUAUUAGAUAGUGGUAUUCGAACGACCCAUGUCGAGUUCGAAGGCCGCGCUUCCUGGGGAUACAACGCAGCCAACACCAACAAUGCCGACGUCACUGGCCAUGGCACCCACGUAGCUGGUGUGAUUGGUUCGAAGACCUACGGCGUUGCCAAGAACACGACUCUCAUUGCGGUCAAGGUAAUAGGCGAUGAUAACGUCGCAGCUGGCUCCAGCGUGCUGGCCGGCUUGAACUGGGUGACAAACGAUAUCGUUACGAAGAGCCGACUGGGUUCAGCCGUGGUGAACUUAUCGCUCGGUGGGCCAGCCUCCUCAUCCAUGGAUAACGCUGUUAACGCACUGGCGAACCGAGGUAUAUUGCCUGUCGUCGCUGCAGGAAACGAAAAUCAGCCGGCCGCAAAUGUCUCACCGGCUCGUGCUGCCAAUGCUCUCGAGUGGUACCUCGGCGUCUGCACCAUUUGUGGCUGGCAUAGUGUCUUAUCUGCGCGGUCUCGAAGGGCAAUCAAUCGGUCCGGCCGCGAGGGCAAGAGUCUUGUCAUUGGCUACUGUAAGUGA